CCCGUUGCACUUCUUCCACUUUUCUCUGCUUCUGGGAAGUGCUGUCCAAAUUAGAACCGGUGGCAGUUAUUUCAGUCUCUAUGAAAAGAAUUUCCUGCCUUGCAGAAAAGACAAACUUCAGUGCGGGAAUCGCAUCUGCUUGAUGAAUUGGCUUCUUUGUGGCUACCAGAAGGACUGUGGCACAGAAUACGUCUCCAUCAGAGUGACAUGUUCAGAAAUCCACCUGAACCGUAGCAACUUCAUCAGCGAGAUUACUCUCUGCACAGAAACCCACGGAGGCACUAUUAUGCUGGAUUCGUCAGUGCUUGUGGCUGGCGUAGUCAUCGGAGUGGUCUUGUUUCUAUCCUGUGUGGCCAUCCUGAUCGGCAGUCUACGAAAAAAUCAGUGCUUUCGGCAUCUCCAGCUGUGGAGCGAUGCCAGCUAUACUCCAGACUGUUUCUCUUAUGGCGGUUCUGUCGGAGAGCUAAGAUCCAACUGUGCUGAGGAAUUCCCGCCAACGUUUUACUUUAGCUCUUACAUGGAGACGCUUUCCCAGGCCAACAUCAUACACCCAGACUCGCCACCACGGUACGAUGAGUGUGUCGGGCCUGGAGCAGCCCAAAUCUAUCUUCCAACAGAAGAUCCUCCACCUUAUUCUCUGGUAGACCCUUGUCAGCAGAAUGAUGUGUCUAUCAACAACCCGUUGGAGGAAAGGGGAUCUACCAGUACAACAAUGGGAAGGGAUUCUGAAGGUUUGGUUAGAAUACAGGACCUGCAUCAACCUUCUGCAGCCUCAUCGUCAUCCUUGCCAACAGACUCCGCCCCUCCGUACGAGGCUGUUGUGUGUGAACAGAAUGUUCCACAAGUCUCACUAGCUCUGUUGAAAGGUUCAGCAGACUACCAUCGGACACUUUUCAACAGAAUAGCAUAAACUAAUUACAUUGUGGGGACAUCAGAAGGAAACCUUCAAGGCGAAGGCAGGACGAUCACAUGGAAAGAUGAACUGAUCACUCACCCACCGGUGUACUUGCAGCAAAACUUUUCUCUUUUUUCUACUUCGAACAGGGCUACUUUGAACCGGGCUGUUUUUGGAGAUACGGGUUUUGUUUUCUUUUUUGAAAGCUGGCCUCUCUAUGUCUUUUGCACUGCUUCUUCUCCCACUUUAAAAAUGUAAAACAUUAAAAGCAAUGCUAGGGAAAAUGGACACCUCCGAAGCAUUUUAAAAUGUCUCAAAUGCUCAACCAGAGGCACAUAGAACUUACAAUUCUUGUUGGAUCUUCCCUGGUUUGGGAGGAAAAGUUGCCCGUGUCAACUUCGGUGAGAUGGGCAACUAUAUAAAUCUGAUUCAUAAAUAAAAUGCAUUUAAAAAAAAAGUACAACCAAUAUUUUAAGCACUGCUUGUAAGGGGUAGAUAUAAAUUACAGAGGGAUUCUUUGUAAGGAAAAUGUGGGCUAGGUUUUACAAAACACACUAGGCUAAAAUGCAGGCUGGCUAGUUUGCACCUUAGUGUGGCCUGGGAAAAUAGCCAUCCCGAAGCCAACCUGUCUGGCUAUCAACACGACCUACCUCGCGGGAGAGUUGGGGAGCUAAUAAAAUAGGGAGAAUGCCAUCCAUGUUGCUCUGAGGUCUAUGGGGUAAGUUCACAAUGACCAUGAUGAUGAUUCAGUUUAUGUACCGAAAUAAGAUUCUCCAACUAAUAAUUGACUGCAGAUUUCUUGAAGUAUCUCAGAUCAUUGAUUUGUAUAUGAUAAUCUGAUUUCUUCUGAGCUGUAAUUCUGAAUUCUAGAAACUAGAAUUCUGCUGAUCUCCUUUUGCUGGGCUUCUAGAAUUUUAAACCUCUGAUGGGUUGCUGCUAUAUUGUUGCUUUGCUGCUGCUGUUGUUUCUGUCCUACAAAACAUCUCACAUCAUUAGAGAAUUUUAACUUCAGUGUUUGAUCCGUUUUUACAGAGCAGUUGGGGUAGAGCAAGUUCAAUCUGAUGCUGAAAGUCAUUAAAAAGAAAGACACCAAGCCUACCUGGAGAGCAACAUCUGAAAAUUCCAAAUGUAGACCUGCUUUUAAAAAAUUCUUAUGUUUUCGAUCAUUUUUCAUUCCUUGUUGAUUUUAUUCAUUGCAUUAUAUGAUUUUUUUUUCUGAGACCCCCAUGGUUGUCCCCUAAAUAUAUUCCCACAGCAGCAAUCCUAUGAAAAUGAUGAGGGUGAGGUUGAUCAGUCUAGUAUUACUCUGCCAGCUCUCGAGUCAAGGCGGGAUUUGACCGAGAGUAUCCCCAAACCAAAUGUCUAAAUCAGUUUCUCAACUUUGGCAAUAUGUGGACUUCAAUAUACAGGUAGACCUCGACAUUACAAAAACAAAACAAAAAGGUAAAUAAAACAUUUUAAAAAUGUGCAUUGGAAAAGAAAAAAGACGAAGGCAUGUAUACGUACAUUGUCCCCCCCCCCCAGUUGAAUUCUAAAAAGUAUAUUGCAGCAAUGACAAUUCCCCUCCUUGUGAAACAGACCCACCAUUUGUAAGCUUCUACAAGUCUGUUUGCCACCCAUUUGAUCUUUCAUCGAUCUACUGCAUAUAAAAAGUAGCUAACGGGUCAACUAACCACCAAAGUUAAACUUCGAAACCCUCUGUUAAAUAAAUCUGUCACGAGUAUUCCUCGACUUAACGAACACAAAAUUUCUGUUGCUAUGUGAGCCAUUUGUUAAGUGAGUUUUGCCUCAUUUUAUAACCUUUCCUGCCACAUUUGUUAAAUGAAUCACUGCAGUUGUUAAAUUAGUAACAGGGUCAUUAAAUGGAUCCGGCUCCCCAUUGACUUGGCUUGUCAGAAGGUCACAAAAGGGGAUCACGUGACCCUGGGACACCGCGACCGUCAUAAAUAUGAGUCAGUUCCAAGUCUCUGAAUUUGGAUCCCAUGACCGUGGGAAUGCCACAAUGGUCUUAAGUGUGAAAAAUAGUCAUAAGCCAUUUUUUCAGCGCCACUGUAACUUUGAACAAUCACUAAACCAACUGUUGUAAGUCAAGAACUAUAUAAUAAUAAUAAU